UUGAGGAGCAUUUGAGGGUCUGGUCCAGGAACGGGCUUUUCAGUCUGCAGCGAGCACAAUACUGCCCCAGCAUCCACCAGCGGAGCAAUACAUGAAUAGCGACAGAGCGGGAGCCAGCAACGGCGGCUUACAUUCAGCGGAGCCAAGGAAACCUGCAAAAAAAAAAAAAAAACCUCCCCCCCCCCCCCUUCAAAUCCCCGGGACGGAGAGCUCAGAAGCGAGGCGAGACACGCAAACAAAAGCAUUCCUGGCUUUCAGCAAAAACAAUAACAUCGGGACAAAAUCAUUUACUUCUAAUACGAAUCCGAGGAGAUUGGCGCAACUGACUGAAAAGCGGCGUCGCCUCCCCGCUUCAUUUAUACAAAAUAAAAUUGAGUUGACCACCACGGAUUGAGCGCCACGCAGAACUGAAUUUCAACUUUUUUUUUGUCCGGGGGGAACGAAGAAAGAAAGAAAAAACAAAAAUGCGUAUGAUAGCCAGUCUUCUUUUACUUGGUGCUUUAUGUCAUCUUGGUCUUGGCGACUCCAGCACGGGCACGUCACCGGGCGUCAACGGCACGUCACCGGGUGUCAAAACCACGUCACCGGGCGUCAACGGCACGUCACCGGGCGUCAAAACCACGUCACCGGGCGUCAACGGCACGUCACCGGGCGUCAAAACCACGUCACCGGGCGUCAACGGCACGUCACCGGGCGUCAAAACCACGUCACCGGGCGUCGACGGCACGUCACCGGGUGUCAAAACCACGUCACCGGGCGUCAACGGCACGUCACCGGGCGUCAAAACCACGUCACCGGGCGUCAACGCCACGUCACCGGGUGUCACCGUCACAGUGAGCACAAGCGUCGCUGCCUCCACCGUCAGCCCGACAACACAAACUCCCGCUCCCCCUUCAGCAGAGGCCGCUACGACAGGCAACCUCAACCUCACCGUAACCGUAACGACAGCCACUGUCGUACCGUCGUCCGGCACCGUCGCGGCGAUGGCUACCGAGACCCCCGGCACGGCGGCAACGGCAACAGCGGCGAAGGCAAUGGCCUCGACGACCGCGGGGCCUUCUCCCAUGACCGUCACCAAUGCGUCCGUCACCGAGGCAACCACCGGUGGACUGACCACCCAGACUCAGCCGCAGCUGAGCUCGCAGUUCUCUACCGCGCUGAGCUCCAUCGCCAGUGCCGCUGUGUCGCCUUCCGCACAAACGCCGGCGGACAACUCGACGGAAACCACAACGGCUGAGGGAAUGCUCCCGACCGCGCCUUCCACAGAGGCCUCUACGUCCACCUCACAGACUGUCCACAAUCACUCAGGGGCGCCACAGGGCUCACAAACACAGAGCCCCUCUACUGCUUCCACAACUGUGACAGUAUCCGGGGGAGUGACAGCGCCAGGCGGGGAAAUGACAACCAGCAAAGACACCAACGUCCCCCGAAACAAAACGCAUCCGGUGGUUUAUCACAAAGGGGAGCAGAACGAUGAGGGACAUCCUGUGGCUUUCAAAGUCUGUGAAGAGUUGAUGCAGAAGAUGCAGGUAGAAACGUGCACCCUGGACCUCGACCCUAACGGAACCAUCAAGAAGGCCUCCGUGGAAGUUAACCCUGCCUUACUGAAGGAACUUGAAGAGAAACACAAUCAGGAGGAGGCUCCGAAAAACACCACCCUGAUCGCCAUCCUGUGCUCCUGCGGAGCCCUGCUAGCCAUGACGGCCGGCUUCAUCGCCUACAUCACCUGCCAUCGCAAAUCCUACCGGAAGAACCAGCAACACCUGACGGAGGAGCUGCAGACGGUGGAGAACGGCUACCACGACAACCCCACCCUGGAGGUGAUGGAGGUGCACCCGGAGAUGCAGGAGAAGAAGACGGCCCUCCACGGCGAGUUCAGCGACAGUUGGAUCGUCCCGUUCGACACCCUGUCCAAGGACGACCCCGAGGAGGAGGACACGCACCUGUGAGCCCCGCCCUAAACCAGCUGCCACGGAAACGCCUGCACUCUGAUCUAGAGGGGCGGGAACCAGGUGUGUCCACCAUGUGAGUUUAGAGGGAAUUCAGCCAUUUACCGAAAAAAAAACCCAACCAGCCCCGCGUCGAACAUACCAGUCACUGCGGCCUUGUCAGCUCAGGUAUAAAAUAGCACUCACUACAAAUGCAAUAAUCUCAAUAAUCACAACAAAUCCUCCUGUUAUCUUUGCCUUUUGUCAGUUAUCUUUUAAAGAACUGGCAAACCAAAAGAGAGUGAGAGACUACCAUGUGACUCUGGGAUAGCCAAUCGGCUAAUCAGUUGGUCACACGAUUCUAGCCUGUGGCAAUGCUAACUGUCGGGCUUAAACCUGAAGCCGUAAUGUAAACAGUUUCGAUGCAGGUGAACUGUUUCAUCGGCCACACCGUGUGAACGAAUCAAAUUAAUGCAUUUCUGCAUUUCUACCUGUAAUCCUACGCCACCUAGUGGGAUGGAGGGGAGCCCGCAUGCCCCUGUGAUAGAUUUGGCUUGAGACUGUUGUGCAUUUAUGGAAAUAGAAUAUACUGCAAUGUAUUGUAUAUAUGUGGAACCUUUUUUUGAAAAUAUAAGUACAUUCCACAACAGUGCUAUAAAUAUAUUGCAUUAUCGGAAUGUGCCGAUGUGUGUAUUGGCCUAUAUACUGAGAAGUGUUGCAAUAUCUUCAUACGUUUUUAUUUUGUUGUAUUUUCAGUAUAUUCUAUUCCUGUAAGCGUCAGUGUGAAUUUUGUUUUAAAUUUUAUUUGUAUGUUUUUUUUUUUCACCUUGUUUUUCCCACACAGUGCAUUUCUGUUCACUUAUGUUCACUUUGAGGAAGAAGCACAGAUUAUCACCAAUAAUUUAUUACCUAUGAAAAGUAAAAUGUGGAAGUUAAGCCUACAAAUUUUACACUAUAGCACCAGGCUUAGGUCCUCCAAAACACAACACUCAGAGCACUCACCCCAUCUAUAGAAUGUAUAACUUUUAUAGUAUUAGAGUAUUAAAAUAGCAGCUCAUUCUGUUGGUAGAUCGCGAUAGUUGUUGUGUUACGACUUCAGGAUAAAUCAUCCUGUCACAUUUACUUUGGUGUUGAUAGCUGUUACCUGGCCCAGGAGAAGAUUAAACAUGAACUGUGCUGACCAGCAUGUCUUUUCAGGCACUGCUGAUAGGUAGGUAUUAGCCAUACGCUAAUGCCAGGUGUAGCUAUUAUAGGUAGCUAUUAGCCAAGUGCUAAUGCAUCUCAAAAGGAAGGUUUCGUGGGAAGUCUAUGACUUAUGGUAUGACCGGUAUGAGCCGAUCAAAUCCUAUGACAUGUAUCUUUACCUUUUAAAUUUCAAUUACUUUGUAUUCCUUAAAAAAAUACUUCCGUUCCAACAUAGUUAAUUGUCUCUGCUACAAUUGUGUUUAACCAACUGCACUUAUUUUGAUUUACACACUUUGAACAUGCAUACACACACACUCAGACACAGGCAAAUACCAACAUACUGCAGGAAGUUUCUUUCGAUUGCAAGAAAAUCAAGGGCUAAAUGAAUUGAUUUUACUUAUUUUUCCUUUACCAACUUUGUUAUGAGCAACUUUGUACAUAAUUUAGAAUUUAAUUUUACCAAAGUAUUGUAUAAGGGUAAAAAAAAAUGUCCUGUAUUUAUGUCCUUUGCUGAAAAAGCAGAACAGGAGUCUGACACACUGGAGUCGUGCCUUUGGAUUAAACGCAGUCCUGAAAGGACAAGCGUAGAAAUGCAAACCACCUUUAUACCAAUUAAUGUUUGCAGAAGUAAAACUGUAAUUAUUUAGCUGCUCAGUUUCUGUAAUAUGUGCUGUUGUUGUGUACGAAUGUUAAACGUAACGUGCCAUUCCUGUAAAAAUUACGGAAGUGUUCAACAAGUCCAGAAAAGUGCGGAAAGCGGUCAGAAGACCGUCGGGUUCAGGGGAGCGGGUGAGAGAUUAAAUGAACGCUGUCGGGUGAGUGCACUACAUUUUGAUACUCUCAUGGGGGUUAUUUUCCCCCACAAUGCCUUGCACCACAAUAACGGUUUCAUAUGAAACAGAAAACAAAAUCAUUGGGGUUUUUUUUGUAUUGACAAAAGUAUUUGUUUUUGUUUUGUUUUUUCGAGUCUGGGAAUAAAACUUUGAACGAA